AUGGCUACCUCUGGACGCCUCGGCUUCACCGUGCGCAGGCUCCUGGACUUACCGGAGCAGGACGCGCAGCACCUGCGGAGGCGGGAGCCCGAGCUACGCGCCCCCGGCCCCGGCCCCUACGUCACCUGGCUGGAAUCGGAGCGCGGCCACUACCCCUCCUCGGACGAGAGCAGCCCAGAGGCCAGCCCGCGGGACUCGUCGCAGCGGCCGUCCGCUCGGCCUGCGUCUCCGGGCUCGGACGCCGAGAAGAGGAAGAAGCGGCGGGUGCUGUUCUCCAAGGCGCAGACGCUGGAGUUGGAGCGGCGCUUCCGGCAGCAGCGCUACCUGUCAGCGCCAGAGCGCGAGCAGCUGGCGCGCCUGUUGCGCCUCACGCCCACGCAGGUCAAAAUCUGGUUCCAGAACCAUCGCUACAAGCUGAAGCGCGCGCGCGCGCCGGGAGCCGCGGAGGCGCCCGACUUGGCAGCGGCGGCCGAGGUGCGCGCCGCGCCCGGCUUGCUGCGCCGCGUGGUGGUGCCCGUGCUGGUGCGCGACGGGCAACCGUGCGGCGGCAGCGGCGAGGUGGGCACGGCCGCUGCCCGGGACAAGAGCGGCGCGCCCCCGGCAGCCGCCUGCCCUCUGCCAGGCUAUACCGCCUUCGGUCCCGGCUCGGCGUUCGGCCUCUUCCCCGCCUACCAGCACUUAGCGCCCCCCGCCCUGGUCUCCUGGAACUGGUGA